UCGGUCGACUGUAAUUCACAGGUUAGGUUUUUAGCCCACCCUUGGAGCGUGAGGAGACAACAGUGGAAAAUCACGGUCUUUAGGACACAAAACUUCUUAUUCAGGUAAAAUUGACUGUUGAAGGAUGUGGUUUUGUCCCUCAUACAGCAUUUUCGAUUGAUUUUCUGCCCCAUAGGGAUGUGAUGCUUACUUGACCGAAUACCACCCUCAGAACGAAGUUUGAGAUUUUAUUUGUGGAUCUUAACAGUUUCCUGGAGUCUCCGAUGGAUGAUGGUGGGCAUCGUGAAAAUGGAAGACUUAAAACGGAUCAGUAUAGAGCAGCUCAGGGACAGUGGCUAAUGCAUCAGUCAUCGAUGAAGCAGAUAAUGGCCCUUAUGGCUGAACGAGACGCAGUCAUUCAAGAAAGGAAUUUAGCUCUUUCCGAGAAGAAAGCAGCUAUUGCCGAGAGAGAUAUGGCAUUCUUGCAGCGAGAUGCAGCAAUUGCUGAACGAAAUAACGCAAUAGCAGAACGUGAUAAUGCCAUAGCGAAUCUGCAGUAUCGAGAGAGCUCCUUGUCAUCUGGUAAUAUGUCCUCUUGUCUGGCAGGGUUCCAUAUGUCCCGUGGGGUGAAGCGCAUGCAACAUCCACAGCAGAACAUUCACCAUCUGCCCCACAUUAGUGAAGUUCCUUAUAACUCGAGAGAAAUGCAUUCAACUGAUACCCUUCCAGUGACGCCAGGUACCUCCGAAGCUGCAAAGUCAAGACGGGGUAAACGAGCAAAAGAGGCCAAGGUGAUUGCACCUAACAAGAAGGCUUCAAAGCCUCCUAAAAAGGUAAAACAAGAGAACGAGGACUUGAACAAGAUUAUGUCUUGCAAGUCACACGAGUGGAAGGGUGCACAAGAUGUGGGUGGUGCCGGUGAUGAUCUCAACAAACAGUUAGUUACAACAAAACCCGAUUGGAAAGGUAAGGAUCUAGGGUUGAAUCAAAUUGUAUUCAAUGAGUCAACCAUGGCACCUCCUGUUUGUUCCUGCACCGGAGUCCUAAGACAGUGCUACAAAUGGGGAAACGGCGGAUGGCAAUCUUCAUGUUGCACAACUGCCUUGUCGAUGUAUCCUUUGCCAGCAGUUCCAAACAAAAAGCAUGCCCGGAUCGGUGGUAGAAAGAUGAGUGGAAGUGCUUUCAACAAGUUGCUUACUCGGCUCGCAGCUGAAGGUUAUGAUUUGUCCAAUCCUGUUGAUCUUAAGCACCAUUGGGCCAAGCAUGGGACAAACCGCUACAUCACCAUCAAGUAGGUUGUUUUUAACCAGAUGCGAAUCGGAAGUUAUGGAGAACUAGCGAAGUAUCGGUGUUCAUGUUUCCAACCUUAGCAUUCUAGGAGUGUAGGAAAAAUAAAUGACCCAGAAAUAACCGUAGUAAGGAAUACUAGGUGGGUAAUGCCAACUUAAAUUCG